UUAUGCAGAUAAACACCCAACCUCCAUCACCACAAACCCUAAAUCAUAUCCACAACCAGAGCCUCCACACAUCCGACCGCUCCUCAGCCACUCUCCACCGGAAAAAAAUCGAUCAGCCACUCCUCAGCCACUCUCCACCGGAAAAAUCGCUUCUCAGUCACUCUCCACACAUCCGGCUCUCAUCACCAUGGUAACAAAAUCACGCGUGAUAGUUGGCAUGCGUUAUAUGAUUUACGCGUUAUCGAGUGGGCCGAUGACGGUAUAUUACGCUACAUCACGCGUAAAACUUGGUUCAUAACGUGACGCCCCAGGUCUCCUAAUAAAACAAGUUUUGCAUCAAUUAUACACUAACUUAGAAAACCAGCCAUCAUCUUUCCCAUAAAGCCAAAAACCACCCCUCCCUUUCCAAUUUAACAAACACCCCUCACUCACCAAUCACCACUUCCCUCCAACAAAAUGGCAAUCAACCUCUACUCUGAAACUUCCGGCACCGGCAACACCAUAACAACAAUGAGCCCAAGAAUUUCAUUCUCUCACGACUUCUCCCAAUCCGAUACCGUCCCCGUCGAGCAACUUCUCCGAUCACUCUCCUCCUCGGACUUCAACUUCUGCAUCAACCAACACCCCGACGCUUCCAUGGCCGACGAGCUUUUCUCCGAUGGCAAAAUCAUCCCCACACAAAUCAAACAACAACAACAACAACUGCAACUGCAACCACCACCACCACCACCACCAAUGCCACCACAAUCACCCCCUCACCUAACGAAGUCGUUUUGGGGGUUCAAACGAAGCAGCAGCUGUGGCAACGGUUACGCACGGAGUUUGUGUCCAAUUCCUUUGUUAUCUCGGAGUAAUUCAACCGGAUCAUCCACUAGCACGAAGCGAUCAUCGUCUUCGAAGAAACCUCCAUUGAGGAAGAUGAGUUAUAGUUAUGGCAACAAUAGUAGUAGUGCUAAUGGAGUGCGGAUCAAUCCGGUUUUGAAUUUAGGGUUUGGAUCGUUGUUUUCGAGUGAUGAGAAGACAGCAAAUGUGUGUGGGGCAAAAUAAGGGUUUCUUUUUCAUGGGAUUGAAGUGUAAUCACAUGCAUUUGGGAUUUUCUGUGAUUUUAAAAAGGCAAUAUUUGCUUUCAUGGGGUUGUUAUGUUUAGUUGUCAUUUUGGAUGUAUGUGUUCACUUAUUAUAUGAUGAUACGGAAUGGUUUCGAUGGGUUCAGUUUCGGUUUUAUUA